AUGAUCAUGGAAACGGAGUCUGCCAAGUGCGAGUGCUGCGGGCUGGAGGAGGACUGCACUGAGGAGUACAUCAGCAGGGUGAAGGCCGACUUCGGUGGGAAGUGGCUGUGUGGGCUGUGUUCAGAGGCGGUGAGAGAUGAGGCGGGGAAGGGGAAUGGGAGGAGGAAGAAGGGUUAUGGAGGAUUGGAGGAGGCUGUGAUGGCACAUGCGUCGUUCCGUAGGAGGCCUCACUCCAACCCAGCAAUAGACGUAGUUGACGGGAUGAGGCGGAUGCUGUGGCGGCGGCGGAGGUCGGUGGACAAGCCAUCGGCCUCGUCGCCUGGGAAGCCGGUGAGCCCGUCGCAGGCGGCCGACGAAGCGACCAGAGUUGCAGUCCUCCGGUAG